AUGACCGCUGAAUUUCGCAUGCCCAUCCACCAGGGACCCCCAGCCCGGAAACCCAUACCCAAUCAACAGACAGGCUACCCUUAUCGGCCUUAUGAUGCUCCGCGCAACCUCGCGCCUCACUCUGCCGUUCCCCAGACCACCCACAGUCGGACUCGCACCACAUCUUCCAAUGUGCUCCCCGCAUACGCCUCCAGCUCCCAACAAUACCAGGGAGUUCCUGGCUCUGCCGUUUCGCCGCAUACGAUGGCGCCUCUAAUGAACUUCCCUCCGGCCCGACGCAUGUCUAGCACCACCACAUCUACCAACUCGACCGGCCACAUGCCCCAAGGGGAGCCGGACAUUCGACGGAGCGCGUCAAACCGCUCUGCCAACUCGCAGCUUGGAUAUGUCGCUCUGAUGCGUCGACAGAAGGCGACGGUGUGGUGCGAUCGGGCGCAGCCCGAAGAUGCUCGAAUGAGGGAGCAGGCGCUGCGGGACAAAAAGAGAGCGUACCUCGAAGUCCAUGGCACAGGGCGCUCAUCGACCCUGGCAAGCGGCAAGAUUCGACAUGGGACGAAGGCUGGGAUGGAUUUCUCACCGUCGAACCUGGUUGGUGCAAAGGUGCCGGUUCGCCUGAGCGCCAAUGAGAUCGGCGACGGAGACGAUGAUGCCCACAGCACUGACGAUCGGGUCAUGCACCGGAGGACCGGCAGCGGCCGUAGCUCCCUGGGCAGCAAUCGAUACCCCAGUGGCUACCAGCGCCAACAGGGCACCAUGGGAAGCAACAGCACCCCUCCGAAUGAGAAGACCGAUUUGCCCGACGUUUCCGAGAACACACCAGCAGAGAAACAGGCCGAGGGGAAGAAGCGGCUGUCCUCGUUGGUCAAGGACGAUGCCGCUACAACGCACACUACAAAUAGUAGUGAGCAAGAAGACUUUGUACCAGACAUGGAAGCCCCGAGCGCAGCCUUGGCUGCAACCCAGAAAGCCAAGAAGGCGGACGACCUACGGCGGCGAGGCAGUGUGGAUGAGCGCACCACGUCAAUGACCAAUGUGCGGCUAUUUGUCGCAAAUCCUGACCUCAGUGACUAA